CUCGUGGCCACAGUGGUUCCGGGGCUAGCUGCCGGCGCGCUUCCCGCUGCCUUCCGGCCCCGCGCGGGGAAGCUGAGGCCGCGCUCCCACCUCCCCUCGGCUCAGCCUCGCACCUCCGGCCGCGUCACCCGUCGUUGCUCCCGCUCCUCAACGGCCGCGGGGUUUGGGCCUACCCAGCGGUCGGGCCACCUCCGCCCUCUCCGCCGUGACGAAUCGGCGCCCGGCUGGCAAACUACCCAAAUUCGGGGAGUUUUGAGAAACGUAUGGGGCCUGAAAAAAUCCUUGAUUGUACUAAGCACCACCGCGUCCCCACUAGAAGACUUACUUUUCUAAAGAGAGUCGGUUGGGGCCUUGAAAGGAAUUAAGAAGAGUGUUGAAAGUGCGAGCGCGGAAGCUCCGGACGCGAGGGGCGGGGCGUGCGCAGGACAAAGGGAAGCGAGGCCGGAGCUGCGGGCGUUUUUUCUGCCCGCGGUGUCUCAGAUUCAUUCUUAAGGAACUGAGAACUUAAUCUUCCAAAAUGUCAAAAAGACCAUCUUAUGCCCCACCUCCCACCCCAGCUCCUGCAACACAAAUGCCCAGCACACCAGGGUUUGUGGGAUACAAUCCAUACAGUCAUCUCGCCUACAACAACUACAGGCUGGGAGGGAACCCGGGCACCAACAGCCGGGUCACGGCAUCCUCUGGUAUUACGAUUCCAAAACCCCCAAAGCCACCAGAUAAGCCACUGAUGCCCUACAUGCGGUACAGCAGAAAGGUCUGGGACCAAGUAAAGGCUUCCAACCCUGACCUAAAGUUGUGGGAGAUUGGCAAGAUUAUUGGUGGCAUGUGGCGAGAUCUCACUGAUGAAGAAAAACAAGAAUAUUUAAACGAAUACGAAGCAGAAAAGAUAGAGUACAAUGAAUCUAUGAAGGCCUAUCAUAAUUCCCCCGCGUACCUUGCUUACAUAAAUGCAAAAAGUCGUGCAGAAGCUGCUUUAGAGGAAGAAAGUCGACAGAGACAGUCUCGCAUGGAGAAAGGAGAACCUUACAUGAGCAUUCAGCCUGCUGAAGAUCCAGAUGAUUAUGAUGAUGGCUUUUCAAUGAAGCAUACAGCUACCGCCCGUUUCCAGAGAAACCACCGCCUCAUCAGUGAAAUCCUUAGUGAGAGUGUGGUGCCAGACGUUCGGUCUGUUGUCACAACAGCUAGAAUGCAGGUCCUCAAACGACAGGUCCAGUCCUUAAUGGUUCAUCAGCGAAAACUAGAAGCUGAACUUCUUCAAAUAGAGGAGCGACACCAAGAAAAGAAGAGGAAAUUCCUGGAAAGCACAGAUUCAUUUAACAAUGAACUUAAAAGGUUGUGUGGUUUGAAAGUAGAAGUGGAUAUGGAAAAAAUUGCAGCUGAAAUUGCACAGGCCGAGGAACAGGCUCGCAAAAGGCAGGAGGAAAGGGAGAAAGAGGCAGCAGAGCAAGCUGAGCGCAGCCAGAGCAGUAUUGUUCCUGAGGAGGAGCCAGCAGCUAAUAAGACCGAAGAAAAGAAAGAAGACGAGAGCAUUCCGAUGGAGACAGAGGAGACACGCCUUGAAGAAACGACGGAAAGCCAGCAGAAUGGUGAAGAAGGCACGUCUACUCCUGAGGACAAGGAGAGUGGGCAGGAGGGGGUGGACAGUCUGGCAGAGGAAGGGACCAGUGAUAGUAACACUGGCUCAGAGAGCAACAGUGCAACCGUGGAGGAAGCACCAACGGACCCCGUACCAGAAGACGGGAAAAAAGAAUAAAUGUUGCCUUGUUUUAUGUGUUCUAAAUACUUUUUUAAAUGAAAAAAUGUUUUUUGAGUUUUAAUGGUG